ACAGGCGCUCGAGUCGAUCUGCGCACACCAAGAGUGAACUAAACAACAGGGGGAACGUUUUAGCCAGCUUUAAUACUGUCAGCCACACUGAAAACAGUCCGGUUCUCUAACUGACUUACUUCAGCUCGUUUACAGCCGUUCUGGCAGCUCCUCGGGGGCAACACGUGUGUCAUGAAUACGUCUUUGCGCACUCUGCACCGGUGACUUUCUUCGCUCUUUGAAAGUACAGCACUAGGAAGAGCGCAGAAGACGGAUGUAACGCAAUGAACUUCGUCGGCAACCACACAGCGUAGCCUUUCUGUUUAACGCUUUAAACUGGAUAUACAUAUUCUUGUUUUGUACUUUUAAGGAUUCGUAUUUAUUGAUCAGGGUCUCAAGUAUACAGCGCAAACGCGUGUUUCUCAUAGCCUAGAAGGAUUUACUAAAGGUUGUACUAAUGGGAUCACAAGGGCCAGGACGUAAACGAACCACCAGCAAAAAUGGCUUGACGGCUGAGGAAGAUGCCCUCAACGUUAUUGCAAGAGAGGCUGAAGCCCGUUUGGCAGCUAAGAGGGCGGCCCGUGCAGAAGCUCGUGAGAUCAGAAUGAAAGAACUAGAGAGACAACAGAAAGAGAUUUAUCAGGUGCAGAAGAAAUAUUAUGGACUGGAUAACCUGGACAACAAAUGGGGGGACAUUGAGCAGUGGAUGGAGGACAGUGAACGGUAUACACGCCUGUCACGGAGACAUGCUUCGGUGUCAGAUGAUGAAGAACGGAUGUCAGUGGGGAGCAGGAGCGACAUGCGGCUUCCACAGAUCCCAUCCUCUCAUUCACAUAAGAAGUCCAAGAAAAAGAAGAAACAUUCUUCCAAGACUAGCAAUGGCUGUGAUGAUGAUGAUCUCAGCACAUUAUCUAGUCGGAGCUCCAGACUCAGUGAUGAGAGCAAAAGGUCUCGUUCCUCUAGGCCUGAUCUGCAGUCGGGCCCUGUUUACGAGGACAGUCUCUACAGCGGCUCUCGACGCUCCAGUGUUCGCGCUUCGUCUGAAUACAGUGGUUUUAGGGGGUCUAGGACUUCUUCCAGGGCAAAUUCUGCGUGCAGCAGCCCUGUGGAGGAUUGCAGCAGCUCAGUGGCUAGUUAUAUGCACAGCAGCACAGCUAGUAUAACUGGUCUUACUAGAGAUCUGGACCAUGUCAUUAUCCCCGACCUGCCGGAUGUUAAUGGAAGACCGUCUAUGGCUGAUGACAGGUUAGAGCGUGACUACUUGGAAAAGGGCUCUUCACGAGCAUCAACGAUAUCUGGCGCUACUCUCACCUCUCUGGGCGGGACAUCUUCACGGAGAGGAAGCGGAGAUACAUCUUUCACUGCAGACACAGAAGUUUCCAUACGGGAAAUCAAGGAGAUCCAUGAGCUUAAGGAUCAGAUUCAAGACGUGGAGGCGAAGCACAUGCAGAACCUCAAAGAGCUCAAGGAGUCACUAAUGGAAGUGGAGGGAAAGUACCGGAAGGCCAUGGUGUCCAAUGCACAGAUGGACAACGAGAAGACCAAUCUGAUAUAUGAAGUGGACAUUUUAAAAGACUCUUUAAUGGAACUGGAGGAAAUGCUCUCUGAAACACGACGUGAGCUUGAGGAGAAGAGUAAGGACUUCGAAAGAGAGAAGCAUGCACAUAGUAUACUGCAGUUUCAGUACAAUGAAUUAAAAGAGACGUUAAAACAAAGUGAAGAACUGCUAACUGAGAUCCGUCAGUUACGACUCAAACAGGACGGCUUUGUCAGAGAGGUUUCUGACCUUCAGGAAACUAUUGAAUGGAAGAAUAAAAAAAUUGGGGCAUUAGAGAGGCAGAAGGAGUUUUCCGACGCCAUUCGGAAUGAGAGAGACGAGCUCAGAGAUGAGGUCGUUCAGCUCAAAGAUAUUUUGAAGAAACAUGGUAUUGUCCUUGGACAUGAUCUAGCCACCAAUGGAGAAACGGGUGAAGAAGUGGGAGAGACUGAACAGAGUUCUCAGACAUCAUCUGUUGAGAUCCGAGAGGGGAGCAGUGUGCUAGGGACUCAUCAGUUGAAGAUGUGCAAAGACCAGGACCGAAAAAUUUUGGAUAAGGAUGUGAAACAGAAUCAAGUGUCUUCACAUGUCCCACUGAGCUCUACAGAGAAAUCUUUAGAUACAAACGAGAAUGGAGACUUUAGGGAAGAAGUAAACCUGAGUGAAGAGCAACAGUCUGAUAACAGACCUGAACCCAAACCUCCAAGUUCUGUUGGUGAUCGUGAGAUCGUUGUAACAAAACCCACGGCUGAGAUCAAAGCAGAGCAGCUUGUAUUGGAAGAUUUAGGCGGUAAUACUGUGGAGUUUGAUGUUCACAUAGAUGGACCUAUGGAAACAGAUCAACAAGAGAGCAUAUGUGCCAAACAGAUCAUCAAAAAAGAAACGUCUGUAGAGUCGGACUCUGGUCCGAUACUUGAAGAAGAUCAGCCUGGUGAGGAUGUACUUGAUAAUAAAAGCAAGCCUAUGGAGAAACCUGUUGAAUCUUUACACACAGAGAAGCUUCCACAAUCCCAAGGUGCCGGUGUUUCAAAUAAAAAGAAGAAAAAGAAGAAGAAAAGCAAACAGAAACAGAAACAAAGUGACAAGCUGGAGAGCGAAGCAAAGAUAGACAGCAAGAAUGAAAAGGUCUUCAGUGAGGAUAAUCCAGACCAAAAUUUAAAAAGUGAUCAAAAAGUGAACCAUGAGGAUUACUUGAGGAAUGACGUAUUUACAGCAAUGCAUACAGAAAUCCCAGCUGAUGAUUCACAUGAUGAUAAAAGAAAGGUUGAAAUGGACUGUGUCAAAAAAAUAAUCGCAGAUAAACAUGCUGAUGAUGCUAGAGAUCAAGAUAAACAUGCUGAUGAUGCUAGAGAUCAAUUUAAAGUAAUUCAAGAUUUGGUUGAUUCAGCAGAGAUAUCAAAUUCUGAAUCUACAACUGGUAAGAGUUUCCCUUCAACAGUCAGUAUCUCUAACAUCACAGACCAAACGGAAGUUUCAGCAAAUCCACCCCAAGAGGUUUCUUCAGAAAAAGAUGCAUUACUGUCUCAUGAAGUUUCUGAUAAGCUUGUGGAUACUGCUGACAGGUGCGUGGAAACCCUUGACUCUGUCAGCAGGUUUGACAACAUUGAGAAGUCUUUGAUGGUAGAUGACACAGAAGUGAAGCGUCAUGUGGACAGUGAAGCUUUUCCGCCUCUACUAAUGCAUCAAAGUAUUGAUCCAGAAGAGAGCGCUUUCUCUGGAGAUCAUGAUGAGUCUGUUCCGAAAUGUCCUUUAGCUUCCUCUAUCACAGAGAAGGUAGAAAAUGAAAGUGAGAAUGUAAUUCAGGAACAAUCAACAUCUCACAAUAGUAUUGAGGUGGACCAAAAUGAGGUAAAAACACAGCAAGAUGAAUUAGUUGAGGAAGCUCUGCAUAGCGGAGAAGCUUUUAAUAGAGACGGUAAUAUAGACACAGCUGUAUCCGAAUCCCAACUUGUUUUAGAAAAAGGUGAAGGUGAAGAAGAGGAAAGAUCACUGCAUGAUCAGCUUCUACCUGAUCAGGAUUCACUGGGAGCCUCGGACCAAGAAUGCAAGCUUGAAAAAGGUGAUUAUAAGAAGGAAGGAUCAUUUCAGGGACCGAUUACAAUUGAUAUGCAACUGCCUGGAGAGGCGGAGGAUAUUCUGGCAGACAAAAGUGAGAAGGUUGAGAAGGAAGAAUCAACCCAGGUUAUGCUUGAUGUGCAGAUUCCUGAUGAUAAAGGUAUUCUUGUUGAGAAGGGUGAGGAUCAUGAGACUGAAGGAUCAAUCCAGGAUCAGGUUAUGCUUGAUACUCAACUGCCUGGAAAUAAUGACGAUAUUCUGAUGGAAAAAGGUGAGGAGCAUGAGGAGGAGGACUCAGUCCAAGAUCAGGUUAUGCUUGAUACACAACUGUCUGGAGAGGAUGAAGGCGUUUUGGUGGAGUCUGUUACAGGUUCCCCAGAGCUCAGAGAAGAUCCUGAGGAGGAAGAUGAAGGAGAAAAUUUUGAAUUUGAUGACAUGGAUCUUGAAGCAUCAUCAAACGAUCCUCCAAAGCACUGUAAAGAUCAAGCAAGUGAUGAUGUUACUCUGUUAAAAGAAAGUGUGCAUGAAGCAAACAAAGAAUACCAAAGCAAUGCCAUCAAUGAAGACCAUACUCAAGAUGAUGAACCUCUGGAACGUCCAGAUCAGGAUUCUGAGCAAAAGAAGCAGAUGGAUGAUGAAAAUACUAUUGAAAACCCACAAACAACGACAGAGGUAGAAACAUGUUUAACAGAGGACAGCCAAGUCAACAAGAAAGACAUUAAACCUGAUCAUCAACAACAAGAAUGUACACUUGAGAAGCAUCACCGAACGUCAGAAGAACUGAGGCACAGUGAUCCGAUCUCAGAGAUGGAGACAAAAGAUGUAGGCCAAGAGAUGAAUAGUUCCAUUAUCCAUGAAAACCAAGGAACUAAGACUUCACGAGAGCAGGAAGCUGAGAGAGAAACAACAACGACCAACAAAGAAGAUGAUAGGAAGGAAACUAAAAAAAGUAGCAAGAAAGGAAAAGGCAAGGGGAAAGAGGAAUGUAAAAUGUCUUAAUAUGCAAAGAAAAUGCAGAGUUGAUUCGCUCCGCAUCUAAAGUGCACUUAUGUAGGUCCCAAUGAUAGUAUUGUGGAACCGUUACUUUAAAGACUUCUGAGAAUCUCAUGAUAUCAGUGUUGUCUUAAUGUCUUAUCAGUCAUGUCAUUUUCAUCACAACUGUUUAAGAAAACAUAUUUUAUACAGGAAUAUUUUACAUCAGUUAAAAAUGCUGAAUUCACUUACAGUAGGUCAAACAAAAUGCUUGAAGUUUAAAAAUCAUUUACACAUUAAAUGCUGGAAGUAAUGGGUGUGAAAUGCUAUAUUUAUUUGAAAAUUUUACACAAACAUGUAAUACAAAAAAGUUUCAUAAAUAUAAAUUAAUAAAAGUUUUUGUUACCUGU